GCUUUGCAAACCGAAAGUUAAUUGUGCACGUGGCAAAAGAAAUUCAGGCUGAAAUGGACAAAAGAUUGAAUUGGUAGAAAUUUGUAACACUGCCAAAAUGGCCACCAGUACCACUAAAGCACAAGACGUUAUCCUGUGUAACCUCUGUGACAUGAGACCCACCCUUCUUCACUGUAAUCCCUGUCAGGCCAACUUAUGUGAAGAAUGCGUCGGAAAACACUAUAUGACAUCAUCGUCCUCUAAUCAUGAAAUUGUCAAAUACCGAGAGAGAAAAUACCACCUUUCAUUUCCAAGCUGCAAAGCCCAUAAUAAUGAAAAGUGUACAGUUAAGUGUCAGAAUUGCGAUGUAGAUAUUUGUCUUAAAUGUCUCAGCGGAGCCCAUAAUGGUCAUAAAAUUAUUGAAAUUAAAGACAUUGUUGAUGACAAGAAAAGGCUGCUGGAGAAAGACACAGCUUAUCUUAAAGAAGAUAUCCUUCCAAAAUUUGAAAAUGCAGAUACAGAGUUAGAAUCAAAAAUUAUUGCCUUAAAUGCUAGAUGUGACGAAUUAGAACAAUCAGUCACAAAACAUGGGCUAAAAUGGCAGCGAUUUGUUGAAGAAAUCGUAGCGAAAAACAAGAAAGAUAUUGCAGAAAUGAGAGGAAAUGGCAUAAAGAAAUUAAAAGAAUACCAAAACGAAAUAAAAAAUAAUCUUGCAAGACUAAAUAAAAUUGCUCUGGAGAACAAAAAGAUUUCUCAGACCAUGGACGUUAACGACAUCACAGGAUAUGAAUGCAAUAUUCAGAAGUACCUGAAUAUCUCCUUACAAAUUGAACUGGAACUACCAGCUUUCGUUUCCAGGGACAUAGAUCAAGGUGAAUUCUUCAAAGAAUUUGGAAAACUUAAGGAACCCAAAAUCCAAACAGUAUCGAUCUUCAGAUCAGAUGUAUCCACUGAGCUUCUAGACAAAGUCAUAGAAAUCGCAUCCUUCCACACUGGAAUAACAGAGUUGAUGAGGAUGGCAUGUCUAAAUACAGAGGAGGUGUGGGUAACAGGGAGGAAUAAAACCAUCACUUGUAUCAAUAUACAGGGUUCUGUACAGGAGACUAUAAGCUCUAAAUGUCCGAGUUUUCCUGAUGACAUUGCAAUUUCAAGUGGAGGGCAUCUUCUGUACACUGAUACAUUAAAUAAAGUAAUUAAUGACGUCCACCAGACAACAGCACAGAUUGCAGCACCAAAGGGAUGGGAACCAUUAGCACUGUGUUGUACACAAUCAGGUGACGUACUGGUCAGUAUGUGUACACAUGAUGAAGAGCAUUAUAAAAUUGUCCAUUAUGAAUGUCAAAAAAUAAAGCAGGAGAUCGAGAAGGACGACAAAGAUAAACCACUAUAUAAAGGAGGAGAUAAUAUGCUCUAUGUGACGAAAAACAACAACGGGGAUAUCUGUGCCUCUGACUGCAAUGCUGGGGAUGUGGUUGUAGUGGACAAGGCAGGAAAACUCAGAUUCCGAUAUAAAGGACAACAAACGAUGAAGAAGCAGUUUGAACCCAGCAGUAUUGUCACAGACUCCGCGGGUCGUAUAAUAAUACAGGAUCACGGGAAUUCCUGUACCCACAUCAUUGAUCAGGACGGUCAGUUUCUCCGUAGUCUGGAUUUUUGUGGACCACUGAGUGUGGACACACUGGGACGACUGUGGGUGGGGGAGUAUAAGAGUGGAAUUGUGAAGGUCAUCAAAUAUACAAAAUAAAUGAUUUGAUUUCUUCAAUAUAAUCUGUGAGGAAAUAUUAUGUAAAAUAUCUAUUUAUUAUUAUUUAUUAAGCAACUAUGAAUAAUUUAAGUGUUUGAGGUCGAUUUGAUAAAUUGUAAUCAU